AUGUCUUCUUCCGAAAGAAAUGAGGAACGAAACUUUAUAUUAGAAUGUAUUCAAGUUUAUCGUGAUCAUUCAGCAUUAUGGGAAAUCAAAUCUGAUGAUUACAUAGACAGAAAUAAGAAAAAUCACGCGUAUGAUGUUUUAUUGAAGAAAUAUCAAGAACGUUUUCCGACAGCGACAUUAGAUGAUGUUAAAAAGAAAUUUAAUUCUUUACGCACAAAUUAUAGAAAAGAACUUAAAAAAGUAAAUGAUUCACGAAAAUUUGGAGCUGGUUUAGAAGACAUUUAUCAGUCACACUUGUGGUAUUUUAAUGAAAUGCAUUUUCUCCGGGACCAAGAAACACCAGCAAAAUCUCGAAGUACUUUACAAAUCCUUCCACCACCAAAAGUCGCAAAUACAAGCAAUGUUGAUGAUCAAAUAGACGAAAUCACUGAAACUGUUGGAGAGGAUAAUGGUAUAGAUUUUCAAACUGUUAAAAAGAAACCAGCUAAACGAAGUACAGAUCAACGUGAUGAACUUAUAUUAUUAGCCUGUAAACGUUUGUGCGAACCGGAAAGUGAAGAAUUACAAAUAGCUAAAACAUGGGCUAAUGAAUUAUUAAAAAUGAAUAAAUCUCAACAAAUUUUUGCCAAAAAAGGGAUUGCUGACAUUUUAUUUGAAGGACAAUUGGGUACAUUGAACCGUGAUUCUAUUCAAAUCAAUACUAUUUCAAGUAGAGUGAGUACUCCAUACAGUUAUACGCCAGUUCCUACACCAAGUCCGUCUUCGUGGGUUAUGACAAAUGUAGCAGAUAAAAACUACUCUAUUCAAACACAAAUUAAACCAUCUGGGAACAUAGAUACGGCAACUGCGUUUAUCAAUUCAUUUCAACCGUAA